CGGAUUAUUUGUGUCAAGACGCUCAUUAUUGUCGCUGGCGGAAUCAAAGCGCGAACACACGCGGCCCCGGGGGAGCGUACAGACGAUGCACUACAUUCUACUCGCCUUAUUUCCAGUGGUGUUACAAGUUGUGAACAGUGCACCGGGUUCAUGUCCUCCGACACUGUCAGUGGACGUAUGUGAAGCAGCGUGCGGACCCGGACUGGCCUGUGAGGCCUCCAAAAUGUGCUGUCCCACAGCGUGCGGUGGAGCUAUGUGUGUUGAUCCUAUGACGCAACGGCACUUCAUCACUCUAGUAAAGAAAGGCCGAUGUCCGGAGUAUCCUCGAGGUCCGUGGGUAUGCAGCCACACUUGCACCAGUGAUUCUGACUGUCCGCGAGCUCUCAAGUGCUGUCCGAACAGAUGUGGCGCCCUCACAUGUCAGAAGCCAGACCCUGAUGAACCUACUGAUGUUGAAGGCAGAUAGUUUAAUAGCAAGUUAAAGAAAGACUGGUCAAUAUUAAAAUGAAAUCAAAUAAAAUGUGUUAAAAAAUCU